AUGGAACGAAUCAAUACCCGCAAGUCCGGUAAAAUGGUCGACAUCAACACGCUUGCCACGGAAGCCUUGAAGCCCGAAUCCACAGACGACAUUCUUGUUCAGCAUGGAAGUCUCCUCACAGAGCUAUGCGCGCGGUGGGUACAGUCUGGCUCAAAGACCGACGCGAAAGUGGCGGCCUUUGGGCGAUUACUACCACUUGCGCCUCACCUCGCGGAGCACGUGGAACGAUUUCUGGCCCAUACUUCUGAUUCUCCAAUCAUUGGAACGAUAUCAUCGAUCGAAAUCAUGAGCGCUUCCAGUGAUGUUGAUCUUGUCGAAGUUCUUCUUGGAACAUUCCGACUCGUCAGUUACGACUGCAAGAACUUCACUAACUAUGUACGACCGCUUGCUUUGGAGCGCCUGUCUCAGCACACGAGUCGCGUUGUACGGUACCUGGCCAUACGGACGCUUUGUUUAUACGCGCAUACGGCGGAUUUUGCGACCCAAGAAAUGAUCAAGCGAUUCCUUGGAGAGGAGGAGAUCGAGGGGCCAUGGGAAGGUCAGCACAUCGACUACCGCUUUUUGUCGCUUUGGGAAGAGAAGAGGUGGAAACAUCUACAGAGCAAGAUUGGCCAGGAGAUUUCCGGGAUAGACACGUACGCGAACGCUUUAUAUCAGGACCUAUCGCCGUAUACAGUCAACGUCAAUGGUGUUCUACUGCCUCGGUUGGACGGAAGCCCAUCCCAAGAGAGGCCUGCCCAGCUCGUCUCGACAGCCACCACAGAGGAAAACCUAAAGAAGAUCGCUCAUGGACUUCUUGGGUCCAGCCCUAUUCUACUCACGGGCCUCGCGGGCUCGGGCAAGACUCUUCUUACGCGUCAUCUCGCAUGGCAGCUCAACAAGCUCGACGGAAUGGUUACCCUUCAUUUGAACGAACAAAGUGACGCAAAGCUACUGAUUGGAAUGUACACUACCGGAGCUAAGCCGGGAACCUUUAGCUGGCGCGCAGGAGUACUCACUACCGCUGUUCGGGAAGGCCGGUGGAUCUUCAUCGAGGAUCUCGAUCGGGCGCCAAACGAGGUUAUCAGCACGCUGCUACCCCUCAUAGAACGCGGUGAACUACUCAUACCCAGCAGAGGAGAGACCAUACGAGCAGCGCGUGGGUUCCGCAUCAUCGCCACUAUGCGAAGCACCCUUAACCCAAGAGGCCAGGAGAUCAUACCCCGUCAGAACAUGAUUGGCCAUCGAUUCUGGAAAUCUGUCACAGUGCAGAUGCCUCAUCUAGAGGAGUUCCGUCAGGUGAUACACGCAAAGUAUCCUGCGUUGCAGAAGCAUCUUUCCAGCAUCAUGGAGGUCUAUGCACGGCUAUUGGACCUGUACUCAGAUCCCAAAUUCUCAUCCGAGAAUGGUACAUCACUUCGAGCCAUGACACCACGAGACUUACUCAAGUGGUGCGACCGGAUCGCGGUACUUCUUGGACAGGCUGCAUCAUUCAGCAACGCGCAAAAGGACGACAUAUUCAUGGAGGCAUUCGAUUGCUUUGCGGGAAGUCUGCGUACCGAAGGCGCGCGUUCGAAGGUCAUGGCCUGUGUGGCAGAAGAGUUACACAUCGACCCUCAGCGCAGAGACCACUUGUUAAGGAACCGCGAAGUCAAGCUUCAGGUGCCUUCCAAGACUACAUCAUCCGGCACUAUUCAGAUUGGACGAGCGCGAUUGUCUAAGCAUAAGUCUUCUAAGAAAUCGGGUCCAGCACGGCCAUUUUCAACCAAUGACUACACCCUACGCCUGCUUGAGAAGGUGGCCGUAGCAGUCGAUCGUCAAGAACCGCUUCUUUUAGUGGGUGAGACGGGCACUGGAAAGACAACCUGCAUCCAGUAUCUGGCUGAGCAGCUUGGUCGUAAGCUCGUAGCCUUCAACUUGUCACAACAAAGCGAGAGCGGCGAUCUGCUGGGUGGCUUCAAGCCUGUCAAUGUACGCAGCCUUGUCAUUCCACUCAAGGACGAAUUUGAUGAAAUCUUCGAUACCACCUUCUCACGAAAGAAGAACUUGCGAUUCAUCGAAAUGCUCGGAAAACGUGUUGCGAAGGGCGAUUGGAAGCGCGUUUGUUCACUGUGGCGCGAGGCUCUGAAGAUGGUUGAUGCAGCCAGGAAAUCACACGAAUCGCAAACGUCAUCUCCGGAUCCUGAUGGUGGUCAGCCUAAAAAGAAGCGAAAGAUGGACUCGCUACCUGCCAACUUCCCGACAGCAAGAUGGGAGAAAUUUGCAGCUGAUCUGCACGACUUGGAGGCGCAGCUUGCUAGUGGCUCGGAAGCGUUUGCCUUUUCUUUCCUGGAAGGCAAUAUCGUCAAGGCAGUUAGGAAUGGCGAUUGGGUAUUGCUUGAUGAGAUCAACUUGGCGUCUUCGGACACACUAGAGGCGCUUACUGAUCUUUUGGGCGGCGGCCCAGAUGGGAACCCAUCGAUACUCCUGACCGAGACUGGCAAUGUCGAACGUGUGGUCGCACAUCCCAAUUUCAGAGUGUUCGCUGCGAUGAAUCCGGCCACCGAUGUAGGCAAGAAGGACCUCCCACCGGGCAUCCGAUCGCGAUUCACUGAGCUAUACGUCGAGAGUCCAGACGGUGACGAAAAGAGCUUGCGCAACAUCGUGGAGAAAUAUCUCGGCGGAGACGGAACAGAUCCAGCAAUCGUGCGCAUAGCACGCGAUGUCACUACUCUGUACCUUGAGAUUCAAAAACUUGCGAAAGCGAACAUGCUCGUCGAUGGCGCAGAUCAAAAAGCCCACUUCAGCCUGCGAACUUUGACACGGACGUUGUCAUACGCCAGGGAUAUUGCGCCGCUCUGUACUCUCCGUCGGGCUCUGUAUGAAGGGUUUCACAUGAGUUUCUUGACUUUCCUAGGCAAGGCUUCAGAAGACCUGAUCGCUCCGCUUAUUACCAAGCAUCUUUUCCCGCAAAAGACUUCCGUAAAGGCUGAGCUCGGAAAGCCACUUCAGCAACCAUCAGAUGGUCGAGGUUACGUCAGACAGGGCCAUUACUGGCUCCGACAGGGUGUGCAUGAUGUGGAGGAGCAAUCGCACUACAUCAUCACCCCCUUUGUUCAGCGCAACAUGGACAACCUCAUUCGAGCUGCUUCCACACGAAAGUACCCAGUGUUGAUCCAAGGCCCUACCUCAUCCGGUAAGACAAGUAUGAUUGAGUACCUAGCCAAGCGAUCAGGGAACAAGUUCGUUCGCAUCAACAACCAUGAGCACACCGACUUGCAAGAGUACCUAGGGUCGUACAUCUCCGGACUUGAUGGAAAGCUCACAUUCCAAGAGGGUAUAUUAGUACGAGCUCUACGUGAGGGCCACUGGAUCGUUUUGGACGAACUCAAUCUGGCGCCUACAGAUGUUCUCGAAGCUUUGAAUCGCCUGCUCGAUGACAACCGAGAGCUACUCAUUCCAGAAACACAAGAGGUCGUCCGGCCACACGAAGACUUCAUGCUCUUCGCCACACAGAACCCGGCUGGUCUCUACGGAGGACGUAAGGUGCUUUCAAGAGCUUUCCGUAAUCGUUUCCUGGAGCUACACUUCGACGACAUACCGGUAGAAGAGUUGACGGAGAUUCUACAUCGCCGUACCAUGAUUCCGGAAACAUGGUGCAAGCGGAUUGUCAAGGUAUAUCGGGAGCUUUCCACACUUCGACAGGAGAACCGUAUCUUUGAGCAGAAGAGUUUUGCGACACUACGAGACCUAUUCAGAUGGGCUCAGCGCAAAGCAGACACAAUCCAAGACCUAGCCAACAACGGUUACAUGCUUCUUGCUGAACGCGUGCGCAAAGAGGAUGAGCGAGUCGCCGUCAAGAAGAUUCUAGAGACCGUGAUGAGCGAAAAGGGCCCGAGGGUGACGAUAGACGAAGAGCGACUGUUCAGAUCUGACAGCCUAUCGAACAUCGAAGGGCUUGGCAAUGGUAUGGCUAUGGUCACCACUGAUAUCGUUUGGACCCGCGCCAUGCGUCGCUUAUCGGUUCUUGUUGCACAUGCUAUCCGAAACAAUGAACCGGUUCUACUUAUCGGAGAGACUGGUUGCGGAAAAACGACUGUCUGCCAAUUACUCGCAGAGCAAUUCAACAACCGACUCCACAUCGUCAAUGCUCACCAGAACACUGAAACUGGAGACUUGAUUGGUGCGCAACGACCGAUCAGAAACCGGGCCGCUAUUGAGGAAUCAGUAAGAGAGCAAGUGCUUGAAGCACUCCAUGAGACUCUGGGCGAACGCCUUCAGGGUGACCCUGGCUCGCUGGGUUUCGAAGAGCUUAUGACGCUUUACGACAACAUCACUAAUGACUCACCCAGUGCAAUCACUGAUGAGCUUCGCCAAUCUAUACAAUUCAGUCGAGCUAAGGCAAGUGCCUUGUUUGAAUGGGCGGAUGGUAGCUUGGUGUACGCAAUGAAGCAAGGCCACUAUUUUCUUCUGGACGAGAUCUCGCUAGCUGAUGACUCAGUGCUUGAGCGCCUGAACAGCGUUCUCGAGCCUUCGCGUUCCCUUCUGCUGGCAGAGAAAGGUCCGGUGGACUCCAUGAUUACAGCUAGCGAUGGGUUCCAGUUUCUUGCUACUAUGAACCCAGGUGGAGACUACGGUAAGAAGGAGCUCUCGCCAGCCCUUCGAAACCGCUUCACAGAGAUCUGGGUUCCAGCAAUGUCCGACCUCGACGACAUCCUCGAGAUUGUGCGAUCGAAGCUGAGACCAAGCUUGAUUCAGUAUGCUGAAGCUAUUGUCUCGUUCUCACAAUGGUUCAAUGACAAGUACAACACCUCUGUUGCUUCUUCAAUAUCUGUCCGUGAUACUUUAGCAUGGGUGUCUUUCGUCAACGACUCGAAACACGGCGAUCCUAUAUUUGGAGUUACCCACGGUGCGGCCAUGGUUUUCAUUGACACACUUGGUGCCAACCCGGCAGGUCUACUUGCUAUUUCUGCAUCCACUAUCGAUGAUGAGAAGAGGACAUGUCUACAUCACCUGAGCAAGCUAUUGGGUCAAGAUGUCGCACCUAUGUACUUCGCCGCCAUUGACAUCUCAAAUACGGAGCAUUCUUUCCAAUUAGGCUCUUUCUCCAUCCCCAAGUUCUCGUCGGUAGCCUCGCUGGCGUCCAACUUUGCGCUUGAAGCACCCACCACUCGCUCCAACGCGAUGCGGAUAGUUCGCGCACUACAACUUCCAAAACCAAUCCUGUUGGAAGGAAACCCCGGUGUAGGUAAAACUACGCUAGUCACUGCCUUGGCCAGAUCGAUUGGCAAACCUUUGACACGUCUCAAUCUAUCUGAGCAGACAGAUCUGAUGGACUUAUUCGGAUCGGACGUGCCUGUCGAAGGGGGAGCCGCCGGUACAUUCGCUUGGCGUGACGCUCCAUUCCUCAAAGCAAUGAAGAAUGGCGAUUGGGUACUCCUUGACGAGAUGAACCUGGCCUCCCAGUCAGUACUUGAAGGCCUCAACGCGGUCCUUGAUCACCGCGGCGAAGUUUACAUAUCUGAGUUGGACCAGACCUUUCACAAACAUCAAGAUUUUAGAGUCUUCGCAGCCCAGAAUCCGCAUCACCAGGGCGGUGGCCGUAAGGGUUUGCCAGCUUCCUUCGUCAACCGGUUCACCGUCGUAUAUGCCGACAUAUUCCGCCCAGAAGACCUGACGCUCAUCUGUAACAAGGUAUUCCCUGGAAUCGAUCAGCAAGAAGUCGCAAAACUUAUCCGAUUCGUGGCAGACCUGGACGAGCAGGUUGUCAGCCGUCGCGCAUUUGGUAAUCUUGGCGCACCUUGGGAGUUUAAUCUACGCGACACACUGCGCUGGCUGCAACUUCUCACUUCAUCAGAUUUCCCGGGUUCAGCGCGGGAUUUCCUGGACACUAUAUUCACCCAGCGUUUCCGCACAGAGGGCGAUCGCAUUCGACUUCGCAAGCUGUUUGAGAACCAGUAUGGGGUUCACGAACCUCGCAUAAGUCUCUUUCACAGCUUGAGCGCUAUGACAGUACAAGUUGGCCUCGGUCUAUUACCGCGCGACACUUCAGUUGCACGUGCGGAUGCCAUGUCGACCCUUCGGACCUCGCGGCUGGGACCAAUGGAAGCUCUUCUGGUCAGUGUGAAGCAGAAUUGGCCGAUAAUCGUCGUGGGCCCACCCGGCUCUGGUAAGACUACUAUGAUCAGCCAGCUGGCAGGCUACGUCGGCGCAGACCUAAUCACCUUCUCUAUGAAUGCUGAUGUCGAUGCUAUGGACCUCGUUGGCGGAUAUGAACAGUUGGAUCCGACAAGGGAGGUGCAUCAAUGUCUCCACCAGGCGGAACAGCUCGUCCGAAGACAUAUUGCGACCAGCAUGCAGCCCUUAGCCAUACAUCUUCAAAUGUUGGAACUACUUCAAGCUGGGUCUUUGGUACAUGGCAACAGUAAUAUCGCGCACUUCCUUGGAAUGCUUUCGGGGCUGAGCCCCGAAGCGACGGAGCUGGCUCAAAAGCUGCAAUCAUCACUGCAAGCUUCGGGCCAACAAAUCGACGGCGCGCGUUUCCAAUGGGUCGACGGCAUUCUCAUUCGCUCGCUCGAAGAAGGGAACUGGCUUGUUCUUGAUAAUGCAAAUCUAUGCUCAAGCGCUGUUCUAGAUCGACUCAACUCGCUACUCGAGCCUAACGGCUACCUUUCGAUCAACGAACACUCUACAGACGAUGGAGAAGCACGCAUCGUACGCCCCCAUCCAAAUUUCCGAGUAUUCAUGACAAUGGAUUCCAAGUAUGGCGAGCUGUCAAGAGCGAUGCGAAACAGAGCCGUUGAGAUAUGUCUGUUGGAGGCUGGCGAUGAAGCUUCUAAAGACGAUCGACCGGUCGUGCAGUAUCCACUUGAUUCCGUCAUGUAUCGGUAUCGCCAAUUCCAAGAACAAGAAGAGGAUUUGCCAACAACAUUGGAGUACCGCUUCGAGCAUCUGGGACUCCAAGAUUCUAGUCUGUUGGCAAGUUUCACUAAGCAGGCCCGGCAAGGUCUCGUGUCAAGUUCUUUUGUCGAAUUCAACGGAGCCAACGGCCAUUCUACCACGCAACUAUCAUCCGCAGAGGCUCAAGGAAGUCUCGAGCACCGUAUAUCACAACAUGCUCAAUUCUUGCAAAGCACGUGGGCAACGCAUAUCUCAGCGGUUUACAAGCUGCUUGACGAUGAUGAGUCAAUGAGACUUCGCCCUUAUCAUCCUCUAGGUAACGAGCUGUUUCUGAGCCGUACCGAAAGAUCGAAUGCAACCAGUAUCUGGAGUGCGUCGAUGUAUGAGAUCAUGCUAGACCUUCACAAGAUGCAACACGCUAUCCAGGAUCUUCCAUCCGCUCGUUUUGAAAGACGCAAAGAAAAGCAAAGGUUGCCGGCGUUCCUCCAUGCGUACUGGCAGGGUCUUGUCAAAGUUGUGGAUGGCCUUUCGGCGACAGUUCAACAAACUCACCAUCGUGACGUUGCUUUCCUGAAGCCAUUGAGAACCUUAUUCUGGGCUUUCCACGGACUCACCACGGCGUCCACGUUCGAUCGCGCCACGUUCCAGACUUAUCUUAAGAUGUUAACAUCCGCAACUCCUGCCAUGACCGAAGAGUCGGGUUCUCUCUCACAAACCCUGAGUACUACACUCGCUAAGCAGAUGAUUGCAUUUGGAUCUGACGUUCAGUUAACCACUGGCCUGGGCAUGGAACACAUCUGGCGAGUAUUCAAACCGUCUACACCGACAACUCAUUCUCAGCUGGGCGCUGUCCUGGAGCUCGAAAGCUUAGCCGACCGGCUCGAUGCGAUCAUGUGGCAGUCAACCUUGCACGUGGAUGAGAUGAUACAAUUACGCGAAAGGGUUGCAAGUUCCCUCACGCUCGUUCGAAAGAACCAAGUUGAUGCCAAAGGACUCAUCGCGGGUCUGAGUGCGGCCAUCUAUGACCUUGAGCAGACAAUCGGGGAAGACAAUAUGCUCAUUACUCCAUACUUCGAAGACGAGUUUGAAGGGCUCUGUCAGUUCCUAGACAUAAUUCGCCACGACAUCGAUACGAGCAGACAAUCAGGUCUGACCUCAGCUGUUGUCGCCACGCGGGCACGAUCAGCCCUGUUCGCCAGGCGAGCGACGAAACUCAUGAAUCUUGCAUUCGAGCGAUCUGAGCAUGGAUCGAAACAGUUCACAAGACUGUAUCGCCAUCUUGGUUUGACGCGCAAAUCAGCAAACGCUAUGGUACUAGAAGGCCGAUUCCACACUGCCAUAUUUGCAAAGCUCCACGCUAUCGAUGAAGUACAGCUAGCACAGCUCGACCGAUUCGAAACGGAAUUACAGGUUCUCUCCCAACAGCUGUCACUAGACGCUUGUCACAUAACGCAGGGCCAGGUGACUGCGUUAGACAUGAUCUACAAGGACAUCUACCACGAGAUUAUCGCAUCGCACUCUAGUAUGAUUAUGGGGUCGGCGAUUGGAGGCUCAGUCGCAAUAUCUCCGGAUGCGGACAUCCCGAAUUUCUAUCGAGUGGCUCUAGAGGACGGGAUCGCACACUGCAAUCCAUUGUCGGGUUCUCAUAUUGACGCUGCAGCGUGGACUCACUUAGGCCUUUUAGGCUUGCGGCUGUAUGUCCCAAACUACCCGCACGAUCCCGCGCUACGGCCUAUGAUCGAACGCGAUAUGUUCAACGCAGAGAAGAGUUCUCUUUCGCAUGCCCUCAGCACUUUGAGACAGUUUCAAAUCGAUUUCACUGGAGAAGCGACAAGUUUCCGCAUCCGUCGGAUCGAAGAGGCUGUCAAUGCUAUGGGUCAAGAGCCGCCUGUCCCGGCUAUCGUCCGCCCCGUUAUCUCCGAGCUCGACGAUCUACAGGGCGAAUUCACAAACCUACUGAGUACUACACAGCCUCUCUUGAACGGAACAAUGUCCGUCCACGAAGCUGCUCGUGAUCUCACCUUGCAGCAAAACAUCCUUCGCAUCACACAAAGACUCACCGAAGGAUAUCGGGAAUACGACGACAUCACAGACAUAGCAGUAGGCUUCCUCUCUUGUCUACAAAUUGGCCUCACUAUGGGUCGGAGAGAAGAAGAGAAGAGGGUCGAAAGCAGUGUCAGCAGAAGUUUAGCAUACAUGUCAUCGAGGACGCCUUUCUUCGGGCGGACUCAGCCAAUGGAGAAGGCAGAAUUGACAUUGCAGUCCAUGCACGAGAGCUUACGGCAGCGCGAACACGCUAUCGAUAUAAGGUGGCAUACCCUUUACUCUUUGCUCACACUCAUAAAAACCGAUCCCGCGGCCAUGUCGACAUCACCAGCUAGAGCCCUGAUUCAUGACUUGUUUGCUAGCUUCUACGUCGACUGGAAGACUAAGCUACUCCAAGACCAAGAGAAAGAGGCCCAAAACUCCAGCUUGUAUACGUACCGUGGGCUGGACGACGACGCAGACGAAGAGGACCCAACUUUGUUUCCGGACUAUGACGAAGAUCAGGGAGAAGUAGUCAGUUCAGCUCGACUAUCAUCUAACUCACGGGAUCAUGCGGUCCGACUCGCCAACAUUCAUGCCGAACUCUUUGGCGGAGACCGGGAUGCCUCAGAUUCUAUCAAAUCAUUGUUAGAGUGGUGUGCGACUGAAGUGAACCGCAUAUCGGGUGGUAAGGGCUUCAAUAGCAAACACGAAGAUGCUCUGCCAACCAUAUACCUGGUGCUUGAGAAGAAGGUCAACGCACUGUCGACUAUUGGCACAGCGAGAACCUAUAACUUCUACUUCGACCCUAAUCUGUCAGAGGCCAAGCGUCUCAUCACGCUCAUCCAUCGUAUCCAGACGCGCUACCGCCAGAUUCGUAAUAUCUGGCCAGAACAUGCCACUCUCUCGGAGGUUCUGCGCACAUGCGACGAAACCCUCGAGUUUCGACAUGUUGAUCCUGUGGCCAAGUUCAUCACGAAGGCUGAGAAACUUUAUGCAUACAUGCACGAAUGGCAGAGAGUUGCCAGCAAAGAGUAUAGCACGGCCAACCUUUACGAUGAUCUCACCAAUCUCCUCGUCAGCUGGAGAGAGCUUGAGCUCACCACUUGGGCACGACUCUUCGACAUGGAAGAGGAGAAGUAUCGCGACGACGCGAAGAGUUGGUUCUUCGUGGCAUAUGAGACCAUCAUUGCCGCAUCAGAGUGCAGCGAAGAUGAGAAGAGUCUACGUACACACGUCAAGAAUCUGCUCAAAACGCUGGAGGGAUUCUUUGAGUCGACAACGCUUGGACAUUUCGAGCAGCGCAUAAAGCUUCUAAGACAGCUUUGCCAACAUGCAAGCAUGCGCAUGCAAGACCUUGGCACUUUCAAGAUUGUACACGAUGCACUCGACAAUUUCCUCGCCUACUAUUCGCGCCUUGAGAAGCCCGUGCAUGACGCUCUUACCAAGGGUCGUCAAACUCUAGAGAAGCAGAUGACCGAUGUAAUCAAGCUUGCAAGCUGGAAAGACACCAACAUUGAGGUUCUAAAGCAGAGUGCAAAAGCCAAUCAUCGCAAGUUGACUAAAUUAGUCCGCAGAUUUAGGGCACUACUCAGUCGGCCUGUGUCUGGGAUUAUGGGCGCUGGCUUCCCUGAUGGAGAUCACCUGCUACAAGACGUCUCUUUGGAGACUGCUAGUACUGCUGCCAGCUACGAAGGACUCCAGCUUUGUGCAACGAGCAUUCCAGGCUGGGAUGAGAGGCCUGCUCGCUUCAAGAAUCUUGCUAUCACAGUCUCGAUGAUGCGCGAUCUCACAACACCAAAGGCCGAUACUGUCGACGGUGCAUCGUACAUCACCGAGUUCAUUGCUGAGAUCUCAAGCUCUAUACUUGAGUUGCAAAAGGCGACACCCACGACGCUCACGGAAGAGAACAAAGCUUCCGUACAACACCUCAAGACCCAGAAGCGCAAGCUCUACGCCGAUACGAUGAAGGAGCUGCGGCGGAUGGGUAUUAACUCGAAUCUAAGCGUGGACACGCUAGCAAAGCAAGAUGAGCUUUCGACAAUACUCUCUACUAUUCCAUUGGUCAAGGGAGGUAACAUGACCGGACGUUCCGCUGAAUACUACCUUCAUAAAGCACUCAACCUCAUGCCUCAGGUUCGCGCGGUUACCAGAGAACAUUCUGGUGACCUGACUCCAAACGACGUAGCAAGAAGCAUUGGCUACUUAGAGGGCCUGCUAAAUGCCUGUAUCCGACAGCGCAGUGUGCUGAGCAAGGCUACGCUCAGUCUUGAACAGAUCAAAGCACCUGUGUCACUCGUUGAUAGCAUCUGCCAGUUGGCGCCCGGUCAAGCUACAUUAGUUUCCGACCAUGUGGAUGUCUCAGGCUUUGUACAGCCGCAACUUCGGUGGCUUGCUGCUAUGAUCAAGACCGCCGCCGAUGUGGUGACUGCUCAGGCUAGGCUCGGGAAGACAAGUGAGCUCGAUACGUUGAUUCAUGAAAUGCGCAGUUGGACCAGUACUGCUACAAACCUUGCCGAUGCAUACGACCAGUCGCCGAAGCUCCCAUUCAAAGUCCAGUCCAUCGAUCGUCAAGAAGCCAACAACACCGUCAAAACCUUCUUGUCCGAUCUUCAGCGGGCGUUCAACGCAUCCGUCAACAACAACGACAUGGCAAAGACAGUGCUUCUGCACCUUGAACCAUUCAUUUUCUCGUAUCCCGCUGCCGAUCCUGUCAGAUCUCUAAUCGAUAUUCGCAUAACAGUUGAGUCUUAUGCUCGAGACGUACUCGCUUCUCUGGAUCUUGUCCUUGGUUCAAUGCAAGAUGUGGAGGCCGCGAUGGCAGACAUACCGACCUCGACCGACGAUACGUCCUGGCUCCUCAAGGAGGAACAAGCACUCGCCACUGCGCUUGUUGGCUUGCAUUCUCCUCAAAUCAGCGAAGCCCUACAAACGCUCCUCGAAAGGAUGCAUUACCUACACGAAGAUGCCAAUCUGCAAGUCAUCGUCGCUUUGUUUGCAUGCGUAAAGCCAAUCUUACAUCAGUAUGUGGCGACGCACAAGUACAUUGUUAAUCGCUUUGAUGCGCUUCAUGCAACGACUGCGAAUCUACUGCAUCGUCUGUCGAAGUCAUUCAUCCAGAUUGGCACGGAAGGUUUCUGUCAACCUCCCGAGAAAUCUAACGAUCCCCAGAAGGGCAAGGACGAUAAGCUUGAAUCUGGAACUGGCCUCGGCGAAGGUGAAGGUGCCGAAGACAUCUCCAAAGAUAUUGAAGACGAUGAAGACCUCGAGGAUCUGGCACAGGAGCAGAAGGGUGAACGUGAGGGCAGUAUUGAAGAACAAGAAGAUGCUGUCGAUAUGGGCGAGCAAGAGAUGGAAGGUGAGACGGAAGAGAUGGGAGAGAAAGAAGAUAAGGGCGAGGAGUCUGGCGAGGAAGGAGAUGAUGAUGCACAAAGUGAGGUUGGCAGUGUCGAUGACCUCGGCCCGAGUGCUGUUGACGAGAAGAUGUGGGACGAUGGUGGCAAGGAAGACGACGCGAAGGACAAAGAAGGCAAUGAAGAUGUGGGAACUGAAGACCAAGACGAGCAAGUUGCUUCCGAGCAAAAGGAAAAGGAAAAGAGUGGUGAGGACGAAAAGAAAGACGAGAAAGACGAGAAGGACGAAAAUCAGGGGGGCGAGGAAGACGAGGAAAUGGAGACGGAAGGCGAGGAGCAGGAUGAGAACGUUGGUGUUGGCGAGAAAGAGCAGAUGGAUCCGCAUGCGAAAGAGGAAGAGACACUGGAACUGCCAGAAGACUUGAACAUGGACGGUCAAGAUGACGAAGGCAAGGAAGAUGAUGAUCCUGGUGACAUGGACAUGGGAGAUGAUCUGCCAGAAGAAGACAUGCAGCCAGAAGUCGAUCCAGCACUGCCAGAUACCAUGGACGAAGAUGUCGGCCCAGAGCAGGAAGACGAAGAGGAAAAAGAAACAGCCGGUCAUGUUGGAAAUGAGGAACAGCCAGAAGAAGGACAAGAAGACGAGGGUGAUGAGCCGAUGGACGAUGACGAUGCUGUUCCUCUUCCAGAUGAAAACAUGCCGGACGAUGAGGCUCGCGAGCAAAAAGACACCGAUCAUGCUGAUCCUAACGCCGAAGCCGGCGCGGGUACAGAAGCCAAUGAAGAAGCUCACACGAACAAGAAUGAUCAAACAUCUGCCAGUGCUGCAAACCAAGACGAAGGCCAGGAAGGCGAGUCAGCUGAACAGCAACAAGCACCGACAGCUGAGGACGGCCAACUUGGGCAAAAUGCGGCGCCAGAUGCUGGAGGACAGGGAGACCAACCUGAGGAAUCUCGUGAGGCGCAGUCUUUCAAGAAACUGGGCGAUGUGCUCGAGAAGUGGUACAACCAGCAGAAGCAGAUUCAAGACGCCAAAGAAAUGGAUGAGACUCAAGCUCAGCAAAUCGAUAAAGAGAUCGACAUGGCUGAUGCGGACUUUGAGCACGUUGGUGACGAAGAACAGCGAGCUGAUACGCAAGCAUUGGGCACCGCAACUGAGGAUCAAGCGAAGACGUUGGAUCACGAUAUGGCUCUGCCAAUGAAUGAAGAGGAGGACAAGCUGCCAUCCCGCCCCGAUGACAAAGACGAAGAGAGGACUGGUGCCGAUGAAGACCUUGAUAUGGAGGAGCCUGAGCAGCAACAAGACCAAGACCAAGAAGCUCAGCAGCCGCAGUCGAAUGCGAUGGAAGGCCAGCCUCAGGCUUUCGUCGGCGAACCACGACCCUUUUCCGAUCAAGAAGAUGAAGACAUGGCCGAUGCUGUAUCGCUCAAAGAUGAUGUCUCGUCUACGACGUCGUCUGCUGAUAACAUCGAAGCCCAGCUCUCGCUUACGCACCUCGAUCCAAAUACCAUAGAUCCCACUUUUGCACGCGCCCUCUGGCUUGCGCACGAAGCUUCGACAAAUUCGCUCUCUCAACAGCUGACCGAGCAUCUCCGCCUUAUCCUUGCACCCACUCUCGCUACAAAGCUUCGUGGAGACUUCCGCACAGGAAAGCGACUCAACCUCAAGCGCAUUAUUCCCUACAUCGCAUCAGGUUAUAAACGCGACAAGAUUUGGCUGCGACGUAGCAUGCCAAGCAAGAGAAGCUACCAGGUCAUGAUCGCAUUGGACAACAGUGGCAGUAUGGCCGACAGCGGAGCCAGCGGACUCGCACUCAAGACCCUUACGCUUGUUACUCGCUCGCUUUCGAUGCUAGAAGUUGGCGAGGUUAGCGUCGUAGGCUUUGGCGACGAAGUCAAUGUUGCGCAUGACUUUGACAAGCCCUUCACUUCCGAAGCCGGUGUACGUGUCUUUGAGCAAUUUGGCUUUGACGCCAAAAAGACCAACGUUCGUGGUCUGGUCGACAAGAGCUUGGAGCUAUUCAAGGAUGCGCGACAGAACGGAUCGAGUUCAGCGAGUGAAGAUCUCUGGCAAUUAAUGCUCAUUGUCAGUGAUGGUCUCUGCGACGAUCACGCGGAAAUCCAACGUCUCGUUCGCAAAGCGCAAGAAGAGCGUGUGAUGAUCGUCUUCAUCAUCAUCGAUAGCUCUGCUACCGCUCCGUCGGUAUCAACACCUGUGCCAUCUGACAACCUUGGUGCUCAGCCACCUGUGCCAGUGAAGGAUCAAGCCAAGACUUCUAUCCUGGAUUUACAGUCUGCUGUGUUCACGCCUGAGGGCAAAAUUGUGAGAUACAAGUACAUGGAGCAGUUCCCGUUCAGGUACUAUCUCGUUGUGAGGGAUGUGAGGGAGUUACCGGGCGUAUUGGCUGGGGCACUGAGGCAGUGGUUCGGUGAAGUUGCGGGGAGUGCUUAA